AUUAAUCAGUAACCAGUUUUCUUCUUUGAGGGAGGUAUUCAAGCAUAUUGUUUCCUGUUUAUUUAAAUGAUUUCUCUGCAGUUAUAUUUGCUUCUUUGACCAAGCCAGCUUAGAUUCCAUUCUACUUGUAUCAUUGCUUUAUGCUCCUAACAUGGCUCAGAAAGGAUUAAGUGAAAAUCUGGAGAAGAAACUGGAAGAAAACAAAAAGACUCCACCUGAAGAGGGGCUUAUUUUAUACAAUGGGGAGUUAUAUCCUGCUGGAGCCUGUAAACCAGAAACACUGAGUAUUCUCCACACCUUUAAAGCUCGGAGUGAUGAUGUGGUUUUAGUGGGAUAUGCCAAAACUGGUACUAAUUGGCUUGGUCAUAUAUUAAUUGAACUGGAGGCUGCAUCUGGAAAGUAUGAUGAAGAAGAAAGGAACAGGAGGAAGCAACAAGAAAAAGAAUUAAAACUUAUGCCAUAUCUUGAAUUUGGAGAUCCUGAGAAGUUUCAGAGGAUGGAAAUGUUACCUUCCAGAAGAAUUAUAAGAACACAUCUAAUUCCUCACAAGAUGCCCAAAACAUUUUUUGAACAAAACACAAAGAUGCUGGUUUUGUUUCGGAAUCCAAAGGACACAGCUGUAUCUUACUUCCACUUUGCCAAAUCCAUGAAAUUGACUUCCAGUGAGAAAACCUGGGAUGAAUUCUUCUCAGACUUUAUCAAUGGAAAAGUGGCCUACGGCUUUUAUUUGGACCAUAUCACUGAAUGGAACAAGUAUAUCGAUGACAAAAAUGUUAUGUUUAUUACCUAUGAAGAACUAAAAGAGAAUACGACUUCAGGACUAAAAAGAAUAGCUGAAUUCUUUGAAUUUUCUGUGACUGAAAAAGAUAUUCAGACUAUUGAGGAGAAAACCAGUUUCAAAACCAUGAAAGAGAGAGCAGCAGAAACCCAUGGAGAUAUAGGCCAGAAUUUUUUUCGUAAAGGCAUAGUAGGAGACUGGAAGAGCAUCUUCUCAGUGGACCAGAGUGAAGAGAUGGACAGAAAAUUUGAGGAAAAUGUAGGAAGAACUAGGCUUGGGAAAAUGUUGAAAUAUGAGGUGUACUGCAAGAACUAAGGAGAGCAACAGCACUGCAAACCUCUCAAGUUUCUUUUUUGCACAUGUGGAAAAGUAUGUCCGAGAUACUCCUGUGUGCCAAUAAUAAUGCCACUCCAUCUCUACCCAUGGUAUUUAUAUUAUAUUGAUAAAACUGGCAUGUUUUUAUGUGCACUUAACUUUCAAAUAAUUAAUAAAAGCUAGUACAUCUUCAAA